AUGUUGUCCUCGGAUUCUCAGUUGAAGCGCGUCUGCGCUGCAGCAACAGACGGCCGGACAUCCAACGUCCGGUUCUUGCAAAGUCAGUUGAAGGUACUUCAUCAGAGUAUCCUGGACUCGCGAGAGGAGAUCUUGGAAGUUAUCGCUUCCAAUCCCCUUACCACUGAGACAGAAGCCGAAGUGGAAUUCUCCAUGGCAAUUGCCACAGUCAGACAGCAUUACGAAGCAAUAGAUUUUGAUCAAGCAAUCGCCAAUGAAUACAAGAUUGCAAAGGGGAAAAACAACACUGAGCGUCGUGUAGGCCACGGGGUGGUUGUGGUGAGACCAACCACUCACACCAGAUUCUACGGGAUUAUAUCGGCGACGGCGUGCGCUAUUGCUGCUGGAAACACUUUUGUCAUUGAGUGUGGAAAACAUGCCAUUGAUGAUUUGCUCCCUUCCUUGCUCCAACCUCUGGACUUCGAACUCUUUGGCCUAAUUCAAGGAUCUAUAACUAGUCACGAGAUGCUUUCAAAAGCUUUGAUCAUUGAUCAAACCGGUACAACAGAUGCUCCUAAUGCGGUCAAAUCACUGCCAAAUCUUCGUUCAGUUGCGGUCAUUGACCGUACGGCCGACGUUGAAAAGGCCGCCCAACAAAUUCUUUCCGGUCAUAUUGCAUUCUCCGGGCAGUCGCCUCACGCCCCGGAUUUGAUAGUCGUCAACGAAUGGGUCAAGGACAAGUUCAGCGAUACGAUGACUCGAGAAAGAUUGCGAUUAAACCGUGAGGGGCGCUCGAGUCAUGCUGAUAAGCAUGUUGCAUGGAAGAAAACUGUGGCAGAUGCAGAGAGCAGGGGAGAAGCUAAGCUCAUCAAGAAAGAGGGCCUAUACAUGGUUGAUGUCCAACAAAGACCCGAGUAUCUCGUCGCGUACCAUUUCGCUGAACCUGCCGCUGGGAAGUUCCUGAGCCAACAGAUCAAUAGUCAUUGGUCCUUUAUCAACCACAUUCCUGCCCAGCUCCUUGUCGGACCCGCUCUUCCAUUUAAGCAAGAAAACUUUUCACUUGGUCUACGAUAUACCAAAGAGAUGUUAUCGAAGCCAAGACCAGAGCUCAUACAACCAAUAGAAAGUUCUGCUAUUGGACUGGAGGAUCUGAGCAACUCCAAGUCCACCAAACUGCAGCUUCUCCGACAACGAGAGACACAGUCAUUGAGAGAGACCGGCCAAGGGCCCGGAACAGCUAUCGGAUUCUUUGAGCAAGGCAUCAUCGUGGGUGCGUUGUUUAUCGUCUUGCCAGUCGUCUCAGUGGUAGGGUAUUCUGGUUGGUUCUUUGCCCGGAAGGCUGUGCUGCACUUUGCAGGGGGGUCUUAUGGUUUUUGA